CCCCUCGCACACUUCUCCCUCCUGUCACCUUCCUCCGGCUCUCCCUCCCCCCUCUGUGUGUGUGUGUGUGUGUUAAGUGCGUGCGUGAGUCGUCGCAGACAAAUAGAGAGAGGAAGCCGGCAAGGAAUCGAAGAGCUAGCAUGGCGGAGAAGGUGGUGUGCGUGACGGGCGCCGGCGGCUUCAUCGCGUCGUGGAUCGUCAAGCUCCUCCUCGAGCGCGGCUACACCGUCCGCGGCACCCUCCGCGACCCAGCUGAUCCUAAGAAGAUAGACCAUUUGCGUGCUCUAGAUGGAUCUGCUGAGAGGCUGCAGCUAUUUAAAGCAGAUUUAUUAGAAGAAGGGUCCUUUGAUGCCGUAGUUGAGGGUUGUGAAUGCGUAUUCCACACAGCCUCUCCAUUCUACAAUAACCCAAAAGAUCCUCAGGUUGAGUUGAUUGACCCAGCAGUUAAAGGAACACUGAAUGUUCUUGGCUCCUGCAAGAAAGCUGCAUCUGUGAAAAGGGUGAUUCUAACAUCAUCAAUGGCAGCUGUUGUAUUCACUGAGAAACCCUUAUCUCCUGAUAUUGUUGUUGAUGAGACAUCAUAUUCCGUUCCAGAACUUUGUGAAAAAGCAAAGGAAUGGUACGUACUAUCAAAGACCCUGGCUGAGCAAGCUGCAUGGAAGUUCUCAAAGGACAAUGGAAUUAAUUUAGUAACAAUAAAUCCAGCUGUUGUCAUUGGUCCUUUGCUGCAGCCCACACUUAACACCAGUGCUCAGAUAAUUCUGUAUCUAAUCAGUGGGUCGCCUGUAUAUCUCAACUAUAGCUUUGGCUGGGUGAAUGUGAAGGAUGUUGCUCUGGCGCAUGUACUUGCAUUUGAGACCCCUUCGGCAAGUGGAAGAUACGGCAUGGUUGACAAAGUUAUGCACUUCUCCCAGGUUGUGAAGAUCAUAAAAGACAUGUACCCUUCUCUUCCGGUUCCUGAGAAAUGCGCGGAUGAUGAGCCGUUUGCUCCAACAUACCAGGUCUCAAGGGACAAGAUCACGAGCUUGGGAGUUGAGUUGACCCCGUUUCAGACGAGCCUCAAGGAGACCAUAGAAUGCCUUAAGGAGAAAGGCUUUGUCAGCCUCUAAAGCCAUUCCAUCCGUCCUUGAGUAAGCACCGGCCAAUUAAACAAGAUUACAAAGGGGUUCAAACAUAAUACUAUAGCUAAUACCUAUAGCAAUAGAUGAGCUACCGGCAUUUGGUGAUAGCAAUACCUAUAGCAAUAGAUGUGUUAGUCAAAUAAGUGUAGCACUCUAGCAGAAUUGCAGAAAGAGGCAGCCCUUAAAUUCUGUCCCCUUUGAAGCGGACCAAAGAGGUGUUCCAUAUAUAUACUUUCCAUUCUGAAUAAUACUAGUGAUGCGCCCAGUGCUCUGUCAAAUUAAA